GCGGUCUUCAUGGUGGCGCCUCGGUUGCUGAGUGCAGGCGUGCUGCAGCGCCGCGGUUAUAUGCUGCGUCGGACAAUGGCUCGCGUGUUGGGCGCACGUUGAUUGGACGAUAAUCGCAGCCGGUCACACCACACAGUCACCGCUCGCGAAUUGCGCAGUAAUAAAUGUGUGGUCUCAAUAUGAAUGACGUGUUUGCUAUUGUAAGGGACGCUACCGGUGUGUCGUUCAGGUGCACGAUGGCUAAGAAGCUUUACUUCUACACCACCUACGAUGACUAUAAUUGUAUAUACAAAUUAGGUCUCGUAUGGACUUACGAAGGCACGCAUGGUGAGGGGAUAUACCUCUCAGAAAUGUCUCCCAAGUUCGGUCGAAAGGCAGUUUUUGAGCAUUUGCACUCGGGCCGGCGGGACAUGUAUCCCCGCACGGAAGUUUGCCUGGAGACGUCAACGAAAGUUUGUCUGGAGACGUCAACAGAAGUUUGCCUGGAGACGUCAACAGAAGUCACCGUCAGCAGGGUGACUAUGAAUUCAGGACAUGGGGUUUGGCUGUGCAAGUCUCAGCUACCCUUCGCGGCCUUUGAAGUCGGAUACUUCCCGGCUGGGAACGCCUGGAAGAAGACUCCUCUCAGGGGUCAGAUCCAGCUUGAGCACUACAUUCUGAGCAACACGAAGUCCCCGGUGGCCCAGCUCAAAGAGCUGCUGGACCGCCAGGGGCUGAUCUCGGACUUCAAGACUGCACGCUCCGGGGACACAUUCAACUGCACGGCCUCGUACAGGAACAAGACAGCGCAGGGUAGCGGCCGAUCCAAAAAGAGUGCCAAAAAUGAAGCGGCCAAGGUUCUCAUCCGCCAGAUACUGUGUGAGAAACCUCAUAUAUGCUUACAAAUACAAAAACAGCAGACAAGUGAAAAUAUCAAGUGUAAUCCCCCUAAAAAGAAUGAUGCUACAGAUGAGAUAUUUAAUUGGUUGUUGAAAUGCAAUACUAUACGUUCCUAUGAGAAUGAUAAAGAAAAUAAUUCAAUUGUAGCAAGUGACAUUAAUGUAGCAACUAAAACACAAGAAAAAAAUAAAAAUGAAUCAAAAUAUAUACCUAAUAAAGAGGAUGGAACCAAUACUUCAAAUCUCGCUCAAGAAAAAAAAAUUAAAAAUUUAAAAGAUAUGUUCGAAGACAUUGACCACGAGCAAUGUAUACCAGUACCUACAAAGAAACCAGUUAUUUCAGACAGCAAAGAAAUCAUGUUUAGGUUAAAACUACCUUUAGGUGAAUCUAUUACACGAACAAAUAAUUUAACUGAUAAAACUCAGAUAAGUAUGGUAUCUCGAGGAGAAAAUUCACUACUAAUGAUGAACAGUCAGGAUACAAGAAAAAUAUCCACCUUAUCAGACAUAGUAAGCAACACAAAUGAUUACCAAAAGUCAAAGAAACUAUCUCCCAUAGCAGAUGUUCUAGCCAGUAUCAAUAACUGUCCAAAUUCAAGCGAGCUGUCUCCAGAAGGAGAUGGUCUAGACAACAUGAGUAACCAUCCAGAGUCAAUACUGAUGUCUCCAGUAGGAGAUGGUCUAGCCAACAUGACUAACCAUCCAGAGUCAAGAUGGAUGUCUCUAGUAGGAGAUGGUCUAUCCAUCAUGACUAACCAGCCAGAGUCAAGAAGAAUGUCUCCAGUAGGAAAUGGUCUGAAAAGCAUGAAUAACCAUACAGAUUCAAGGAAGAUGUCUCCAGUAGGAGACCUUCUAACCAUCACGACCAACCAUCUAGAGUCAAUACUGAUGUCUCCAGUAGGAGAUGGUCUAGCCAACAUGACUAACCAUCCAGAGUCAAUACUGAUGUCUCCAGUAGGAGAUGGUCUAGCCAACAUGACUAACCAUCCAGAGUCAAUACUGAUGUCUCCAGUAGGAGAUGGUCUAGCCAACAUGACUAACCAUCCAGAGUCAAGAUGGAUGUCUCUAGUAGGAGAUGGUCUAUCCAUCAUGACUAACCAGCCAGAGUCAAGAAGAAUGUCUCCAGUAGGAAAUGGUCUGAAAAGCAUGAAUAACCAUACAGAUUCAAGGAAGAUGUCUCCAGUAGGAGACCUUCUAACCAUCACGACCAACCAUCUAGAGUCAAUACUGAUGUCUCCAGUAGGAGAUGGUCUAGCCAACAUGACUAACCAUCCAGAGUCAAUACUGAUGUCUCCAGUAGGAGAUGGUCUAGCCAACAUGACUAACCAUCCAGAGUCAAUACUGAUGUCUCCAGUAGGAGAUGGUCUAGCCAACAUGACUAACCAUCCAGAGUCAAGAUGGAUGUCUCUAGUAGGAGAUGGUCUAUCCAUCAUGACUAACCAGCCAGAGUCAAGAAGAAUGUCUCCAGUAGGAAAUGGUCUGAAAAGCAUGAAUAACCAUACAGAUUCAAGGAAGAUGUCUCCAGUAGGAGACCUUCUAACCAUCACGACCAACCAUCUAGAGUCAAUACUGAUGUCUCCAGUAGGAGAUGGUCUAGCCAACAUGACUAACCAUCCAGAGUCAAUACUGAUGUCUCCAGUAGGAGAUGGUCUAGCCAACAUGACUAACCAUCCAGAGUCAAUACUGAUGUCUCCAGUAGGAGAUGGUCUAGCCAACAUGACUAACCAUCCAGAGUCAAGAUGGAUGUCUCUAGUAGGAGAUGGUCUAUCCAUCAUGACUAACCAGCCAGAGUCAAGAAGAAUGUCUCCAGUAGGAAAUGGUCUGAAAAGCAUGAAUAACCAUACAGAUUCAAGGAAGAUGUCUCCAGUAGGAGACCUUCUAACCAUCACGACCAACCAUCUAGAGUCAAUACUGAUGUCUCCAGUAGGAGAUAGUCUAGCCAUCUUGACUAACCAUCCAGAGUCAAGAUGGAUACCUCUAGUAGGAGAUGGUCUAGCCAACAUAACUAACCAUCCAGAGUCAAGUAUGAUAUCUCUAGUAGGAGAUGGUAUAGCCAACAUGACUAACCAUCCAGAGUCAAGAAGAAUGUCUCCAGUAGGAGAUGGUCUAGCCAGCAUGAAUAACCAUUUAGAUUCAAGGAAGAUGUCUCCAGUAGGAGACCUUCAAGCCAACACGACUAACCAUCCAGAGUCAGUACUGAUGUCUCCAGUAGGAGAUGGUCUAGCCAACAUGACUAACAAUCCAGAGUCAAGAUGGAUGUCUCUAGUAGGAGAUGGUCUAUCCAUCAUGACUAACCAGCCAAAGUCAAGAAGUAUAUCUCUAGUAGGAGAUGGUCUAGCCAACAUGACUAACCAUCCAGAGUCAAGAAGAAUGUCUCCAGUAGGAGAUGGUCUGGCCAGCAUGAAUAACCAUCCAGAGUCGAGAAGGAUGUCUCCAGAAGGAGAUGGUCUAUCCAAAAUGAAAAACAACCAAGAAUCAAAUAAAUUACUUCCUACAAAUGAUGGCUUAACCAACAUAAUGAACCAUACAGAGUCCAGGAAGCUGUCUCCUAUAGAAAAAUUUCUAGCACAAGUUAGCAACUGUUCAGAUUCAAGAAAGCUGUCUUCCGUAGUAGAUGUGCAAACCGGCAUGAUUAGUUGUGUGGAGUCAAGGAAGCAGUUCCCUGAAGCAGAUGUGCUAGCUAGAAGGACAAAUCAUGUUGAGACAAAAAAUAUAUCUGCCAUAGGAAAUCCUCUAGCUAGUGGCACCAACCAACUUGAGGUAAAAAUGUCUUCUCUAGAAAACAAGCUGGCCAACAUGGCAAACUCUCCCGAGAGCAAGAAGCUAUCUGCCGUGGGAACAGUGCGUGCCAGUGUAACCAGUCACCUAGAGACAAGAAAGCUAGGCUUCGCGGGAGAAUCGCCGCUCGCCAGCGUGACCGACCGUGCGGGGACAAGAAAGCCGACUGCAACUGUGGCCAACCUUCCAGACACGAAGGAACCGUCAAUGGAGACAGGCAUCCAGGUGGCGAGACAUGACGCCGACGUGGCUAACGCCGUGGGGGAGCUUCAGAACCUGUGCGUGGCGCGGCGGUGGCCCCUGCCGAGGUACCGGGAGGUGUGUCCGCCCGGGGCUGAUCGAGGCACGUUCAGCAUGGACUGCGAGCUUCUGGACUUCCUCCAGCGAGGCACCGGCUUCUCCAAGAAGCGGGCCAAGCAUCAGGCCGCCCUCAAGAUACUGCAAACUGUUCGGAACCUAACAUAACCUAGCAUAUCACGUGACACUUUGCAGGUAGGACAUUGAGGUUUUUUCCUCAAGAUACUGCAAACAGUUCGGAACCUAACAUAACCUAGCAUAUCACGUGACACUUUGCAGGUAGGACAUUGAGGUUUUUUCCUCAAGAUACUGCAAACAGUUCGGAACCUAACAUAACCUAGCAUAUCACGUGACACUUUGCAGGUAGGACAUUGAGGUUUUUUCAUCAAGAUACUGCAAACAGUUCGGAACCUAACAUAACCUAGCAUAUCACGUGACACUUUGCAGGUAGGACAUUGAGGUUUUUUUAUUAUUAGAAUUAGCAUCGUAUGCACAUAAAUUUAUCAAUGAAUGAAUGUUCUAUAUAAAAAAAAUUGGUUGUCUGCAAAGUUGGUUUACGGACGAUAGUUUAACGUGACGUCAUAAUAAAACAUUGAUGAAAUGAUUGCAUACUUUUAUGAAUAAAAUGGAAUCAUUUUGAUUGAAUUAUCACUAUUUUGUAUGGAUACAAAGAAGGGGUGAAAUGAAAUCUAAAAUUUAAUUGAUAAAUUUACUUUUAUUUGCACUUAUUAAUUCAAAUAUGUUUAUUACUUUAACGAAGAGAUUAUUUUAACUAUAACUUUUAUACAUGUUUGCUAUUUAACUUCUUCCAAUCUGUGUUAUUCUGUUAAGGAUAGGACGAUAAUAGGAAAAGUAGGAAACGAAUGGGAGUGUUUCAAGUUUAAUGUGCCUCGAAAAAGUCAAAUCGAUGGUUGUUCCAAUCGAGUGGAAGAGAGAUAGAUGCGGCGCAAGCGUACAAUGAGCGUAACGGGACAAUGUGCGUAACGGAACACUUUUUCGUGCGUACAGCCGGCGUUCAUCGAUUUAUUAGACGUUGUCAUGUCAAAAAAAAUGUGUAAGAAUGCAUAUUAGUAUACUUAUUAGUUUAUGUGACUGAAUGCACAGAUCCAGGGAGAACAAUGAACCAAGAUGUACCGUGUGUGAUUUUGCACGUGUGAAUACAUGUAUGUAUUCGAGUGUCCUACAUGCAUGCAAGUUUCGACGAGCAUAUAGAUGUCUAGGUAUGUAUGAGUGUAUACAUAAUGCGAUGGUAAAUGUAUAUCAAUAGGUCUAUUCGUUAUAUAUAUGAGUAUAUUAGAGGCGUGUAAUUUCACGGCUACUUUUAAUGAAUUCCUGUGAAGGGGUGCGAAAAUAAUAUUAAUUGUAAAAUAACUGGUACCAAAUAUGUAAUAAUAUUUGUCUGAUUUUUAUUACUUUGAUCAACCAGCUAUUUUUUAUGUUAUUUCUUCGGAUCUUACAACACAAUUCAUGGAACUGGGUUUGAGUGCCAGUCCACCUAUCCUGAUUUCGUUAUUCAUGGUUUCUCUAACUUACUCCAGACAACUGCUGAAGAGAUUCCUGAGUGCAGUUCUUCCCCAGCAUCCCUUCCUUGUGUAUUGCUCUCGUUGAGAUGUAAAAAAAAGUUUUGUAACUCAGUACACGUGAUAAAAGUGAAACUUCUGCGAUUCAAACCUCGACUCUUAAGUAUAUCGUAAGGGGUAAAAUGGCAAAGAGAGAGGGAGAAGGGUGGACAGAAAGGAGGCAAUUUUCUAAAUAAUAUUACUCACAGUUUAAAUACACCAUAAAAAAAACACUGUGCUUGUUAUUAUUUCGUCAAACAGUUCUGCCAUUUGGAACACGCCAAAUCUCUGAACAAAAUACGAUAUUCUUUACAGGUAGAGCUAUAUAUGCGGCAAAUGCAGGGACUGUCUAAACAGCGCUCUCUAUGCUGCUGGUUGAACAAGGAGAAAUGCGAGCGCGCUGGUAGCAAAUAUUAAAUUCAAGGCACUCGCAGCUGACUGCAUUGGAUACCUAUAUCUAUUUUCCUGAAACAAACGCAUGCGCACACACUGUAUUAUUAUGUGGUUUAUCUCUCUCGAUUUUUUUUUGCGGGCUACAAAUCAUCACACAAAGGAGGAGAACGAAAACGAGCCCAGCAACGUAUAUAGCACAAUGCUCUCUUUAUUUAUAUUUGGCCAAGUACCUAUUCUCUGUCCUUUUCGCGUGAGAAACGUUUCACAACAAUGUUUCACGAAAACUUUGCAUAAAAAUUCGGCUUUGAAAUUGUACUCUCAUCGCGCCCAAAGAAGUUUCACUUCAAAAACAUUGAUAUCUAUCAGUACAAACAUUUAUAUUGUAAGUUAGAGCGAUAAUACUAGGCCAGUGUUACACUAUGCGGUUGAACCAGAGCGGUUGCCAUUUUCCACUUGGUGGUUUAUUCUACAUCAGUUGUUUACAUGUUCUGUUGUGGUGAAUUUACUUAGUGAGUUCUUGACAGGCCGGCAUUGUGCAUUCUAGGAAAAGCGUUCGAAUGAGUAUUCAACAAAAAAAAUUCUGCGGAAACUUUAACAGUGGUGACAAAUGCAUAAUGUGACACCAGCUUAAUUAUCUCCUGUUCUACCAUUUCACUAACAAAGUGUUAUGGGGGGCGAAGUUGAUUGAAAUAUUUGUGCAUAGCUAAACAAUAUUCAGUUUUUUUUUCCUCAAAAUGUUGUAUAUUUGCAGAUGCGUUGUAAAUUUCAAUGCUUCAACACUAACAUAGCACAUGAGUAUUUAAAAAUAUCACUGCAUUUGCAGUAUUAAAUUCUUACAUUACUUAUUUUGAUUUUAGUAAUUUAGGUCUUUUACACUUGUAAUUAAUUAAUAAAUAAUAUUUACUCAAGAGCUUGUAGAUUCUGUAUAAUUUAAACUAGAAACUUUUAUAAACUAGCAAAAAAGUCAAAUAAUUUAAAUUUUGAAUCAGUAAUUAUAUAAAAAAUAUGGUGUAUGAAAAAAAAUUGUGUUGGCGUCUGUUCAAUGGAUAGUAAUAUUAUGUGUUUAUGUGUGAUGUAACUUAACUUUUAGAAUAGAUUGGGUGUAACUGAUGUAUUAAACCUAUAGUCAGUGCAAUAUUUACGAAAUAGCUUGUACUACUAGGUUUAAAUCAUUAAAGCUUUGUUAUGUAAAAUGUUUUAUAAUACUAUUGAAGGUUUUGUAUUUUUGUAAAAAAAUAUCCAGUUGCAUUUGUAAAUAAAUUAUGUACGAAA